UCGGAGCCAGGCUUCAGGAAGAUUGUCUUAUAGGUCCUGGGAGCAUCUUCUGAGACUCAUUCUACCAUGAAGCUUACCACCACCUUUCUAGUGCUCUGUGUGGCUCUGCUCAGUGACUCUGCUCACCCACUAGUCUGAUGACAUCUUCAAGGGCCAGCCCUGGAUUGAUGCCACCCAUCCCAUCUGCUCUCAACCUGGUUAAUGUCCCCACAAUCAGCAAGGCACAGUGUUGCUUUCUUCAUGGACUCAUUGGCCAAGCCUGCGGUAGAACCCGUGGCCGCCCUUGCUCCAGCUGCAGAGGCUGUGGCAGGGGCUGUGCCUAGCCUACCAUUAAGCCACUUGGCCAUCCUGAGGUUCAUCCUGGCCAGCAUGGGCAUCCCAUUGGAUCCUCUCAUAGAGGGAUCCAGGAAGUGUGUCACCGAGCUGGGCCCUGAGGCUGUAGGAGCUGUGAAGUCACUGCUGGGGGUCCUGACAAUGUUCGGUUGAGGGGAACCUGGGAAAAUUCUGCCUGACGAGAUGCCUGACGAGAUAUUUUUCUUUAACAAGAGCUGGAAACCCUGCUGCUCACACCUUUCUCCUUCCUCUGUACCUUAAUAAACCCAGCUAGAACAGC